ACAUGAAAAGGCACGAAUUCCAUUUUGUUCGCAGGGACUUCAGCAUAAAAUUCGGGCACUUGAAGACGACGAGUGGAAGUCCGUGGCAAAUUUGGAGAUGCAGCCCCGGCGGCCUCAGAUGAGAACUCUCAGCCACCGGCUGAGCCUGAAGUCCUGUGACGGAGAGGAGGCGGGGUCCAGGAGCUUAAAGACCAUCAGAUGGUCAGUCCUACAGAUGCACGUCGACUACCAUCAUUUUCGACAAAUACAAGAGCAGAUUUUAGAGACCGAACCAUCGUAAUGUUCGUGCACUCUUGACUGCUCACUGUAACGGGUUACUCGAAAUUCAAUCCGUGGAUUGAGUUUUAGAAUGGAGUCUCGUAUCAAUGUACAGAUUUUAGUCGUGAUUAUUUCGACAAUUUUUGUGGUCUGUCAUUCGUCUCCAGCAGAGGACGAUGUCGCUACCUCGGCCUUCUUGAAAUCAAGCAGCAGCAGAGUGAGCUUCUGGAAAGAGAACGAGCAGUGGCUUAAGUCGUUCGUGGGUGCAAUCGAUGACGAUGAAGAUCUCGGCGACAAGUGGCCCAAGCUUGAGCUCAGCUGGCGCCUGUUUAUGGGCACUUUGGUGGGAUUCGCUGGAUCCGCAUUGGGUAGCGCAGCUGGAGUGGGAGGCGGGGGAUUUUACUUAACAAUGCUCAAUUUGUUCAUCGGCUUCGACGCCAAGACAUCAACCGCUCUCUCCAAAGCGAUGGUGAUGGGGGCUGCCGUCGCGUCUACGCUUUUCAAUCUCAGAGAGAGGCACCCUACGGAGAAGAAUAAGCCUGUCAUCGAUUAUUCCAUGGCAGUUCUGUUUCAGCCCUUACUGCUCGUGGGAAUCAGUAUCGGAGUUAUUUUUAACGUAAUGCUGCCUGAGUGGCUGAUCACCGUGUUCCUGUGCGUUCUAUUCUUUCAAAUAAGCUCGGGGGCCAUCUCCAGAGCGAAUGAAUUGUCGCGGCGAGAGAAAAUGCUGCGGAAGACCGAGCAAUGUGCAACCGCGGAAGGCGAAUGCGGAAGCGGAGAGUACGUUGCCAUCAGCUCGGGAGAUGAAUCACCAGCGGAAGCUGAAGAAAAUGUUCCGACACCUUUCAAGCUCAUGAUCGUGUGGAGCAAGACGGCAAUGUUGUUGGUCACCUGGGCCAUCUUUCUCUUACUGCAAAUCACCAAAUUGUACGUCCCAGACUGCUCCGCCUGGUACUGGAUUCUGAAUGCCGUACAGAUUCCUGUGGCGCUAGGAGUCACAUGUUAUGAGGCGUGGAACCAAAAGCGGAAUCAGAGACACCAACUUCAUUCAGAAUUGGGCGUGCCAGACGAGAGGAAGGCUCCAUCGGGAUUAUGGAAGUAUUUUCUGUACGCAACUUACGGCCUCGGAGGUGGGAUCAUUGGUGGCCUUCUCGGAGUAGGCGGGGGUGCGAUCAUGGGACCUGCGUAUUUAGAGCUGGGAUUGCCUCCUCAGGUCGCCAGUUCCACUGCCAGCUUCGUCAUGGUCUUCUCUUCAUCCCUGUCUGUGAUGGAAUACUGGCUUCUGGAUCGACUCCCUGGGGCCUACGGAGUUUAUUGCGUAUCGCUGGCGGUGGUGGCAUCUCUGUGCGGCCAGGUUAUCAUCAAGAGAGUCGUUCAAGCAACUGGCAGGGCUUCCUUGAUAGUGUACACAUUAGCUUUCAGUGUCUUGGCCUCUGGAAUUGUACUCACCAUCUUGGGAGCGAUCAGAAUCUACAUCACAUGGACCUCAGGAGGCUACAUGGGAUUUAACAGCGUAUGCGCAGCUCCGUGACGAGAGCUUUAAGAGCAAAGCUCAUAUUAGAAUUGGGGAAGGAGGCAGAGACCGAUGCAGUCGCUCCACCAUAGUCGAAGCGCAUGGUGGUGCAUGCACCGUAACUGCCCUCGAUCCGUCAGCUGCAGCUGUCACAGUCGAGAAGCGAAUCGGGGUCCACGAUCACACCCAACUGCCUUCCCUUUGUUCCCUACGUACAAGCUUCAGCAGCCUUAGAAGUGCCUUGAUCACCAACAAAGUAUACCACGUACGCACACCUGCUGCAGAGAUUCGACACAUGGAUGGUACUGUGCAGCUUUUCACUGGACUUCUUCUUGGAACUACUCCAUGCGUCCUGAUGCAAACUGAUUUUGGCUCACACAUUGGAAGUAAGCAUAAAGACUGGAGAUCGGUCAAGUAGAGGGCAGCAGCUUUCAGCUUUUGUCGUAAUUGAAGGUUGUUGGGGAGGACGACAUGUGCUCCUUUCCUCCACCAGUGUUUUUUGGUGACGCCUUUUCUGUUAUAAUCGAGUAGUGUAUAUGAAUCAUACAUAACGCGGAAGGCCUUCACCCCGUGGAAGAGGUAGUUUCAAGUAGCUGUGUACAACAUUUUUUGGCCUCGAUAUUUCUCUUUCCUUCAAGAAUAUGCGAGGGGUUGCCGUGAAUAGAAAUACGACCCCCUUAUUGCAACAAUUGGUUCACGUUACGUGAACUUUGUGAAGCAUAUAUCGCAUUUUCUACCAUAAACCUGGAACCAACAAAAUGACUUUUGGUGUUCCUUUCACGAGAUCCGCGUUGUGGGGAUAGCUUGGACCUUCAAACUGAAGCAGAAAGCUUCACACCGGAUGCUUUCGAAAUUUUGUGCUUGCGUGUGGCGUGGGCCUUUACUCUCUUGCUCAACUCAUCUCCAGUCAACA